GGUGCAGCCUGUGCUGCAUGGAAGGUAGUGGUAGUGCCCGUAAUGUUAUUCUCCAAAAAAUAAUAAAGUAAAAAAAUAAAAUUUUUCCGUACAUAUAUUACAUGUACAUUUAAUUUUAUAGCAGAUAUGGCUGCUAUAAAUCGAGUUGCAUUGAAAACAAUAUAUUUAUCACCCACCGCGGUAUGCUCAGCUGGACCAGUUCGGGUUCAACACCAGCCGUCAUGUCAAUAUUCGGAUGCUUCUGAGCUAAGGAUUAUUAAAAAUCCAACCACUGUUUCACUUAAACGUGGUACAGGUGGACGUAGCUCCUUCAAUGGAAUCGUGUGUACUGUUUUUGGGAGCACAGGGUUCCUGGGAAGAUAUGUUUGCAAUCGGUUGGGAAAAAUCGGUACCCAGAUGAUCCUGCCAUACCGUGGGGAUUGCUACGAUGUGUUGCCUCUAAAAUUAACCGGUGAUCUUGGCCAAGUAUUAUUCCACCCUUUUCACUUACGCGAUGAAGACUCAAUAAGAAAAUGCAUGAAAUACUCCAAUGUCGUAGUUAAUUUGAUCGGUCGAGAUUGGGAGACUAAAAACUUUACUUACGAUGACGUUCAUGUCGAAGGAGCGCAAAGAAUAGCCAGAAUAGCUCGUGAAUGCGGUGUCGAGCGAUUAAUUCAUGUUUCUGCUUUAGGCUGCUGUGAAAAUCCAACGCCAAUACUGCUAGAAGAAGGAUCAAGUAUCUUGAAAACCAAGUGGAAAGGCGAGCAAGCAGUGAGACAGGAAUUUCCAUCGGCAACUAUCGUAAGACCUGGUACUGUUUACGGACAGGAGGAUCGAUUUUUCAAUGUUUUGGCCAGUAAAUGGAGAAAAUUUUUCCGAGGAACUCCAAUUGUCGGAAAAGGUGAGACGAUAAUAAAACAACCACUGUGGGCUGGUGAUUUCGGAGGCGGUAUAGCUGCCAUAGUUAAAGAUCCAUCAACUGCUGGCAAAAUUUAUCAAUUUGUUGGACCAGAGCGCUUUAAAUUGGGCGACAUUGUUGACUGGAUGCAAGCUUACAUUCGUAUUGAUCCAGUUGAAUACGGACACCAGAGAUUUGAUUUACAAAAAUCUCAUUUGUUUAAAUUGAAAGUUUCUCUGGCUGAGAUCUCUGUCAAUCAUCCUCUGGGUUACUUGCACUGGGAAGGUUUAGAAAAGGAAAGUCAUUCAGAUGUUGUCGAAGCUCAUCUUCCAACACUAGCGGACCUAGGAGUCCAGCCGAUGAAAAUGUCAUCGCGUAUGCACUGGGAGAUGAAAUUGUUCAGUGCAUACGAGUAUUACAUGCAGCAAGUUAACGAGUUCGAUAAACCAAAGCCUCCGACGCCCGUUGAGAUGGUUGUUUAGAAUUAUUUAUAGAAGAAAAAAAUUAUUUAAAUAAAAAAAAAUCCAAACAAUAUCGGAUAUAAAUAAUUUGUAUCUAGUUGUAAAAAUAAAGUUACAUAAAAUCAUAUAUAUCUAGUUGCGACAAAGCCGAUAAAGUAGUUUGCAAUUAUAUUUUAAUUCUUUUUGAAGGAAUAUUACAAACUUGUAAAUAGAAA